UCUUUUCUUCUUUUUUUUUUUUUUUUUUUAAAAAAAUUUUUGCUGUUAAAAUUAUAGUUUUUGUUUGUAAUUUGAGUGAAAUCAGAAAUGUAUUGAAUUGUUUUGGGUAAGAGUCAAAAUUGUAAUUUAAUUUAAGCAUGUUUGAUUUAGGUUUUGAAUUGGGAGUGGAAUUUUUGGGUAAGAGUCAAAAUUGUAAUUUAAUUUAAGCAUGUUUGAUUUAGGUUUUGAAUUGGGAGUGGAAAUAGUGGUUAAUUGUGCUUUUAAAAUGUGUUUUGAUGAUGUUAAUUGGUGGAAUCGGGAAGAUCAAUUCCUUUAUUGUUGAGUAUGUUUAACUGAAAUGAAGAUUAUUUCUUUAUCGAGGAAGUAUUGAAUUAUGUUGAGUUAGAAUGGCAAGGAUUCCCUUAUUGAGGAAAUAUCAUUAUAUGUUUGAUAGAUUGACUCCACUUGCUUGAUACCCCGGUUUAUUUAGUUUUCAGGGUAAUGGAUCUUUGUAUAAUCAUCAUACUUUACUAUUAGGCUCCAACAUGGCCUUCACCCUCUUUACCUGAGGUGUUACCACGUGGGCGUUGAAAACCCCAAUAUGGUGGUCUCUAAUCACAUAUAGUUUGAAGUUGAUAAGCUCUAUGAAUUCACACUUCGGCAUUGGUGUUAGGUUGCCUAAUAAUGCUUUUGACCAAGGUGAUAUCAUGUGUGCCUUAGAAGGGUGUUAUGAGACGAUAAAAGAAGAAAGGUUGAAGUAGUUUGAAGUCGAUAAGUUCCAAUGACUAUGAGAAGUAGAGACGAUGAUUAGAGUUUGGGAGUAGUACUUAGAAAUUGUUUUAGGAUCAUCUAUAUACCAUUGUGUAAUAAGUUAUAGUUAAGUUUAUUGACAUGAUUAUAAUAUGUUGUUUGUUACUUACGUGUACAUGUUUUGUUUUCUUGACCAUGACUCUUUCUAUGAUGGUCCUGCUACGAUGUAUUUGACAUUCGAUCUUAUGUUGAGCAACAUGAAAUUUAUAGAUAGGCGUAGCAAUUAUUUGAGUCCUUUUGCAUUGCAUAUCGGGUGUGUUAGCGCGUUUCUUAUAAUUUUUGCAACAUCUAUAGAAGAUUUGACUCUACCUACAAUCUAUUUUUGUUGAGUUGUAUGGGUUUUUUGGCCUAGGCUUCUAACAUCCUUGUGCAUAAUUUAUUUCCACUGCGUCUUAUGGUUUUUAAGGUUUUUAUGGAGUUGAAUUGGUUUGGUCAUGUUCAAACUCAAGCAUUUGCGGUGUAAUCACGAUCCGUGCUUGUCAUGAAGUCAUCAAAGCGUAACGACUCAUUCUGCCGUGAUAGAUUAUUCAAGGCCGAUGUUUCCAUUUUCGUAUAAUUAUUUAUAUAUUAUUGAGCAUGUCUAUCUUUCAUGCCUCUAGUUUUUCAAAGGAGAUGCUCCGGAUUCUGUCUCACAUUUUAAAAAUCACUAAAGACAAGUUGUUUGGAUUAGUUAUAGUUUAGUUGAUUCUAUUUUUGUUUUGUUUUUAGUAACACUCGGAUUUCUACUCACUUUGCGAUUUUGGUAUCGCUUAAAGGGUUGGAAAUUCAGGGGUGUUACUGAUGUUUAAGGGUAAUAGAUAGAGGUGUGGUCACUUUCUUGAAUUUGGAAAUGCCACAAUCAUGUAGGAACUCAUACGUAAAUUUUCUUUAUUAAGGACUAUAUCAUCAUGUAAGAAUGUAAAUUUUCUUGAUACUAAAAUUUUGUUAUAAGUAGGUUUUAAGGUUAGUAAUAGUUGUAAUAUCAGUUCCAGUGAUGAUUAUAUCAUCCAUAUACACAUGCACCAAAGUGAAAGAAGAACAAGUAUUCUUAAUAAAGAGAGAAUACAUUUUUGGAUUGAAAAAUUCCUUGAUGUAGUAGCUCGAUUUUAAGUUUAGCAAACCAUUGGCGUGAGGCCUGUUUGAGCCCAUAUAAGGAUUUUUUUAAAGUUUGCACACAACGUUAAGUGGAGUGUCUAAAACAUUAGGAAUCUUCAUAUAAAACUCUUCAUGAAGGUCUCCAUGAAGGAAUGCGUUAUUGAUAUCCAAUUGAAUAAAGGGCCGAUUAUUGUUCGUUGUCGAGACAACAAUACAACGAAUUGUUGUCAUUUUCACAAAAAGAGAGAACGUUUUGUUGAAAAUCUGUGCCAUGUUGUUGAUUAUACCCUUUUACAACAAGCCUCACUUUGAAACGCUCAAGAGAGCCAUCAAAUUUGAACUUGACUUCCUAAACUCAUUUACAACCAAUAGCUUUCUUUUCAUGGGGCAAUGAAAUUAAAUUCCAGAUGUUUUUUGCGUAGGAGCUUGAGGUUCAAUUUGCAUAGCUUGUUGCCAUACUUCACUAGUGUAGCUUCUUUGUAAGAGGAGGGUUCUUUCCAAACAGAUUGUGAUGUUAUAAGAGCUUUGGAAGGGGUUGGUAAAAUAUCAUAAUUGACAAUGUUGCACCGAUGAGAAUGAAGAAUAAGUGAAAAUAUAAUUUUUGAGGUGCGAUGGGGAUUUAUGAGGACGUGUAGACCUUAGGGAAAUGGGUGAAGAAGGUGGUUGAAUGGUAAGAGGAUUGGAAGAUGGUGUUGGUAAAGAAUGAGAUGGAGUACAAAGAUUAGGUAAAUGUAAUUGUAGUGUAAGAGUGUUGACCGGGACAUUUGACGAGGGAAGUAUUGGUGUAGAAGUAGGUAAAGGAGUAGGUAAAUGUAAUUCCCCUAUUGAGUUAUUUUCAUGUAAUUUGCUAAAUUCAUCUAUGAUUUUUUUUUUCGACCUUUGUAAGGUUCUUUUGAUUAUGCUGGCGUUACUCCCUGACCAUUCUUAUGAGAAGUAUCUUCCUCCCCUUCUCUUAGCACAAUCAUUGAUUUUAUUUUUCUUCCUGAUAACAGGUACCCGCUUCUCUCUUGCUCAUUUAUCAUACCUCUCAAUUCAAAUGGAUAUGUUUGAUUCCAAUCUCAAAUCGCCAAAACCCCAAAUUCCGAGGAACAACCUGGAUGAUGAUGAUAUAUUCAGUAGUUCUGUAAACUUAGAAGAAUCCCACAUUAAUGAAGGCUACAAAGAUGGGUAUAAAGAUGGGCUUACAUUGGGAAAGCAAGAUGGCUAUGAAGUGGGUCUAAAACAUGGAUUUGAAUCUGGGGAAGAGCUUGGGUUCUACCGUGGUCUUGUUGAUGUUUGGACAUCGGUUAUUCGAGUUGAACCUAGUUACUUCUCUGCUCGGAUCCAGAAGAGUAUUCAUCAGAUAGAGGAGCUACUAGAAAACUAUCCACUUAUGGAUCAUGAAGAUGAGAGCAAGGAUGACAUAUUAAAAGAGCUUAGGUUGAAGUUUAGAGCUAUUAAUGCAACUUUAGGAGUCAAAUUGGAAUAUAAAGGAUACCCAAAAAUGUCUGAUGCUCAAGAUUAUUGAAUUUUGGGUGGAAGCACGUUAUACAUAGAUAGUGAAAUUACAUAUGUAAUUGUGCUUUAUUUUAUUAAUUAAGAUAGUCUAGUAAUGUCCCUUCUAUUGUGAGGGCUAUGACUGUACAUCUUAGCCAUAUUUGGGGUAUAAUCUGGAUCAGCGCGAUUAAUAUACUCGGUUUCUGAAUAAA